AUGAGGAAGGCCCUACGAGAAGUAAUGUCUGAUGUCCGACAUCGAUGGUGCUUGUGGCACAUACUUACCAAGUUCAGUCACAAACUUGGAAAAUACAAUGACUAUGAGCUGUUCAAAGUUGAGCUUCAUAAUGUGAUUUACAACAGCCUUACCCAGAAUGAAUUUGAAGUGCAAUGGUGUGAUGUAAUCAACAAGUAUAAACUGGAGGGUGAGAUUUGGCUUGCAGGAUUAUACCAUGGAAGGGAAAUGUGGGUGCCUGCAUUUAUGAACGGGAUGUUUUGGGCUGGAAUGAAGAGCACUCAAAGAUCCGAAAGCAUAAACAGGUUCUUUGAUGGGUUCGUUGAUAAGCACACUCGAUUGUUUGAGUUUGCUCCAUUUUAUAUUAAAGCAGUGGAAUCUAGAACUAACGAUGAGCAACAGGCUGAUGCAGCUGACCAAAGGGCAGUUCGCCCGUGGGCCACCCAAUUUAGUGUUGAGAGAGCCUUUAGAAAGGUGUACACAGAUGCAAAAUUCCUCGAGGUUCAAGAGCAGUGCAAUCGUGUACUGUACCUUACUUCUCUUGAGACUACUAUGGUGUCAGCUGAAGUUGCACAUCAUAAGCUGGAGGACAGAGUGUGGGUGUUGUGUAAGGAAACCCGCAAGGAAUUUUCAACAAAGUACAGGCGGAAUUAUAUCGUGCAGAUAAAUUUGGAGACAAAAUUGGCGGAGUGCGAAUGCAAGCUAUUUGAAAGUGACGGUAUACUUUGCAGGCACAUUAUAAAAGUGUAUGACAUGCAUGACAUUCAAGAUGUCCCAGAUGAUGAUGUUGGUACUCCUGGUUUGACUCAAACCAACAAGAAGAGGGCAACUACUCCAAAAUCUGUUACCAAUGGGUGCAGUCAAACCAAAAACAAGAGGACCACCAAAAGUACCCCUAAGUCUGUGAACAAACGAAACAAAUGUGCAACACCUCCUGAUAACGUCAUUGUGAAUGAUCCUGUGGCAAGAAAUAAACCACAUAGGACACCAAGUUGUAGGCACCGUUCUUGUGUUGAGCCAAAAAAGAAAACACCCAUUAGGAGAAGGAGAAGCAAAACAAAUGAUGUUACUGGUUGCUCACAGGAACCUCCCACGCAGGGCGCUGAUGAUGUUGAGUUUACACACACUUCCGCUGGGGGUAUUGAGAUGUUAUCUCAAGAUGGGUCAUUUGGGUAUUUCACCAGCAUCGUUGGAGGAGAUGAUGGACUUGGACUUGACAAUGUUGAUGAUCUUUUAUGCCGAAAUUCUCUUGGGUGGGAUAAUUGA